GUUCUUAUGAAUAAAAGAUUAUUUCGUAUGGAACUAUGCAUAUAAAUCUAAACAUAUUUAUAUCAAUUUAAGCUCUGGUCAGUUUUUGGAGCAGAGCUUACACCGCGAUGGUAAAACCAGUUGUAAAGUCGCACGAAAUAGGACCAGUAACUUCAAACUCUUCUGCUAAAAAGACAUUUUCUCUUUACAGGGUUGUAUUAAACACAGAGAAUGAAAAAGCUAUUUUGUUAUGGAAGGGGCCUGGGAAGGAGACACGAAGUUCAAGACAGAGGCGCGAACUUAACGCUGGAAAGGGGGGUCGCAGAAGAAGUUCAACAACAGUUGACAACUCAGAACAACAAAAUUCAAAAGAAUGGUUGAAAAAUAAGAUGGCGGAACAAAGAAACGAAAUCACAACAUUAGAUGAAAAUAUUAACGAAUUAAACGCAGAUAAAAAUGCUUUACAGGAGUCGUUAAAUGCUCGAAAUUCGGAGGUUACGGAUUUAAUGAAGAAAGUACAGAACUUAGAAAUAAAAAUUAAUGAAGGUGAGAAAGAGAAAACAAAUAUUGCUAACGAGAUGAAAAUUUUAAGGUCGAAGAAAUCAGAUUUGGUGGAGCAGCUGAAGAAAGUGCGAGAAGAAAACGAAAUACUUGCAAGUAAUUUCAAAACUUUGCAAAAUGAAGUUGAAGAAAGUAAAAGGGACCGAACUAAAACUGAAGAAACACUACAAGCUGAACGAACCGAGCUAGCAAAACUUCGACAGAGCUACGACGAACAUUUGAAGAAUUGUGUGCAAGAUGCAUUGCAAAGACAAGUGGACACACUGACCAAAGAAAAUGCAAAACAGGCCGAAGAAAUAAAAGAUUUGCAAAAAAGUCUCGAAAAUCUUCAACAAGAUUUUUCUGAGCUUUCUAAGAAAAAAACAGAGCUUGAAACGAAAUGUCAACAAUACGAGAAUGAGCUGUCUAAUCGUAUUAAAGAAAGUUCGAGUAUGAUAGACGAUAUGGAUAAAAUGAAAUUACAAGAAAACAAACAAAGAGACAAUUUCAAUGAACUGAUAAAAAAAUAUGAAGAACAAAAUAAAACUUUACAAAAGAAAGAGAAAGAACUCGAAGAUUUAAUCACGAAGAAUGAAAACUUGAAAUCAGAAAUUGAAAGCGAUAGGACGAACCGCAUUCAGCUGCAGUUAGAGAUCGAACAGAAUGACUCAAAAUGCGAAAAACUAGAACAGAAAAAUUUGAACUUGACAAAAACAUUGUCCGAAAGAGAUGAAGUUAUUACUAAAUUAAGUAAAGAGAACAAAUCGUUGAACGAAAAAAUAAACGAGGCAACAAGAUUGGUGGAAGAGGUGUUGCAGAAAUCGGACAAAUGCAAGAAUAUGUUAGAAAGUGAGAAAUUGGAGCAAAUCAACGCGCUGCGACGUUCCGAAGACGAAUGUAAACAAAUGAAAUCGAAAUACGAACUGAUAGAGCAACAACUCAAUACUGAAAGAAAGCUGAGACAUCAAGUCGAAAGUGAAGCUGAACAGUCGAGACAAAAUAUGAGAGAAUUGAAUGUUAAUUUUGAGAAUUUGUUAAAGCAAAUAAAUGAAAAAGAAAGAAGUGAAGUUGAACUAAACGAUAAAAAUGAGAAAUUGAAAGUCAAAUGCGGCGAAACCGAGGCUGUUUUAAACAAACUUCGAGAAGAAAUUGAGCAGUAUCGAACGAACGCCUCUGAACAAAAAGAAAGCCGAAUAAAAUUAACUCAACUCGAAAAUCAUGUGAAAGAGUUGAAUAAUAGAGAUGAAAAGAAUGCGAGGUUGAUGGAGUCGCUUUUAAAAGAAAAAGAGACCUGUUUAAAACUACUCGCCGUCGAGAAAGACAACUUAACGAAAUUAAAAAUCGAGUUUGAGACGCAUAAAAUCGAUCACAGUUUAGAACGCGAUCAACAUGUGAAUGAUAUUAAAAUUUUGAACCAACAACUGCAAACUAGAAAUGAUGACGUCAAAGUAAAAGAUGCUUACAUCAGCAAAAUGAUGGCGGAAAAUAAAACGAAGCAAGAAGCUGUAACAAACAAACUUGAAAUAAUUGAGAAGUUGAAAGGAGAAAAUAAAAGAUUUAAGCUUGCUUUUGAUCAGAAUAGCGCUGAAAUGAGAGAAAUGAAAGGUCGCCUUGAUGAGGCAACUUUAUUAAUAGGAGAAAAGCAAACUGAGUGUGAAGAUUAUCAAGACAAAUUGAGUGUUACUACUGAAGCUUGUAAGAAAAUGUCUGGUACGCUUGAGAAUCUGCGUGCCAAAGUAAAAGAGCUUGAAUUAAUAGCGCUGGAGAGAGAGAGUCAAAUGGACGAGUUAAAAGUGAAUCUCGAUGAUUGUAUGGAUAAGCAUAAACUCGAAGUAGAACAGUUGCGUAGAAAUCACUCGCGGCGAGUACAGAAGCUUCAAGAUGAUAUGGACCUGUCGAGAAACAAGUCUAAAGAAGAAAUUAACGAGUUAUUAAAUAACUUUAGCGAGCUAGAAAACGAGUUAAGCUUUUGUCAGGACGAGUUAACUGCUAAAGAUGGUGAAGUUGAAAGAUUAACUCGACAGCUAAAUGACAUGUCUUCAAGACACAAAAUACAAGAGCAAACACUUUUACGUGAAUUGGAAACCCUUAAUGAACAAAACGAGAACAUUCUGCAGGAAGAAAUUAAAAAGUGUAAGUCAGAAAGCGAUAAAAUAUUGACAGAGGUGACAGAAAAAGACGCCGCAGAAAUUACAAAAAUGCAGCACGACUUCCAAGCAAAGCUGACAUCGGUAAAAGAAAAAUACGAAGAGAAACUGCGAGAGACAGAGGAAAUGACAGCUGAUCAAAAACAACAGUUGCUUCUCAUGAAAACGCGAGAGAAAAACGUCGAAAGCGAUUUGAAACUUCAAAAGAAACUUCAUGAGAAAGUUGUGACACGCUAUGAAACCGCUUUAAAAGCAAGUAACCUCGAUAUUCAUUCCAAAACAAGACUGAUCGAUAAACUUACCUGCAGAAUCGAAACACAACAAACAUUAAUUGAUUGUGUGUUGAAAAGACUUGAUAAGGAACGAAAUAAUAAAGAUAUCGUAAGUAAUAACAUUAUGUCUAUGUUGAAAUCAAUUCACGAGCAACUCCAUGAAAACAAAAACAAUUCUUUCUUCGAUAAUAUACAACUGUCAAGUCCAAAGUCCAGUUUAUUAUCGAUCUCCUCGGACACAGACAUAUUUUUUACACCAACCAAAGAGAAUGAUUCCAUGAAAAAUUUUACUCCUUGUAUAACAUCGAGUCCAACUGAAGAACGCUUCAAGAUAAGCAGGUCAUUACCACUGUCCAAUCACGGAGAAGAUAUUCAUCAAUGUCUACAUUCCAUGAAUCAAAUUCGCCUAAGUCAGUCAUUACCAGUGACAACGAGCACCCCAGAUCAUGGUUACGUGUCACCAGGACACGAAACCAACCCUUAUUCUUUUUACUUCUCGGAUCAAAUUCGAGCAAUAUCGGGAGCGUUCAAUAAACUUGAAAUGAUAAGCACGUACGAUAAAAACGUAGAUGAACAGCUCAGUUUGGAAGUUUGGAAGCAAAAGAUUCAUUUUCGUUUGAAAGUUUUAGAGGAACACAUCAAUGAAAUAGAGACAGUGAAUAAUAAUUCAAGUAGUUUGUCCUUCAACAAUACAGAAUCCUCAAACGCUACAACUUUGAACGCCAGCGCACAUCGAUCUGUUUUAUUUCAUCCAAGCACAGCAGAGAUUCGUGAGCUUGUCAAUAACGUGAAUCAAAAGUUUGAAAAACUAAACAAGUCCACUUAAAAAAAUUUUUUUAUCUUAUAAUAUUUAUUUAUGUUGACAAGGUUUAUAUUGAAACUGCAUUAACACGACUAACAUUCUACUAAUGUUAUAUGUACCAUGAAAUAUCAGAAAAGGUGUUU